AUGGCGUCUGGGGUCCCUCGUUUACAUAUGGAGGUCCGACCACAUCAUGAGCAGAGGAGAAUCUGUGCCUCGAGGGCCAAGUACCGGGAAGGGCGGAGACCGAGAGCAGUCCGAGUCUACACCAUCAACCUUGAGUCUCGGUACCUGCUGGUGCAGGGUGUUCCUGCGAUUGGGGUUAUGAAGGAGCUGGUGGAGCAGUUUGCCCUGUAUGGUGCCAUAGAAGAAUACAAUGUUCUAGAUGAAUACCCUACAGAGGAGUUCACAGAGGUGUAUCUUAUUAAAUUCCAGAGGACACAGAGCGCAAGAGUUGCCAAGCGGAAACAAGAUGAACGCAGUUUUUUUGGUGGUCUCCUUCAUGUCUGCUAUGCGCCAGAGUUUGAGAGCGUUCAGGAGACCCGAGAAAAGUUGCAGGAGAGGAGGCGGUAUGUGGCGCGCGCCACGUCUGGACAAAGAACAUGGGGUUGCAAAGAAGAGACAGGAAGUACCUGAAAGUUCCACUUUAGUUCCUGUACACUCUGCUGUGAACUGUGCGCAUACCUCCUCCUAUCACACACCUGUACAGUCUGGUGACCCCUCUACUCCCUUCUCUGCUCCUCCACCCUCAGUGACACCAGACUACAGACACGAGUACUGCCCUCCACCUUCACAGACCCCAGACUCCAGAUAUGAAUACUACCCUCCACCCUCAGUGACCCCAGACUGCAGAUAUGAAUACUACCCUCCACCCUCAGUGACCCCAGACUACAAACAUGAAUAUCACCCUCCAUCACAUUCCAUAGCCUGGGAUUCCAGAAAUGAAUCCAAAGACAAUGCUCAUCAAACAGAAAGGCCAGUUGGUCCGCCACAAGGACCACCCAACAUUAUGAGUUCUACCAGGUUCAUGCCAAGGACAACACAGCUUCAGGAGAGACAGAGGAAACGGGAGGAGAGGACAAGGCUGGAUCUAUUACUUCCGGAAUCUCAGGAGAUUGUCAUCGGACCAAAACUACCAGAAAUUCCAAAAUUAGACAUGACUGAUGAUUCCCUCAACAUCUCUGCUGACUUAAUUAGAGCGAAACUGAAAGAGGGUUCUGCAUCCUGCACCCUGACCAGAACAGAGCCCCCCACCGAAGAUCCACCAGCUGCUCCGCUCGCCAAACAGAGAAGAAGAAUCUAA